CAGUUUCAUGUUUCAGAAUAUCGUCAGAGGAAUAAAAUCCACCCAAUGCAGAGAGUGAAAAAAAUCUAGAAGAAUUUUUAUAGGAAAAUUUGUGAGAAAAGGUUGGAACAAAUAAAACUUUUUUUAAGAGACUGUUCACUGUAGUAUUUAAAGCUCGCUUUAAUUGAUCGAACCAAGUGAUAGAAAAAUGGCGGGAAUAUUAGAAUUUCUAUCUGCUGGAUACUUUCAUAAAUCUGUCAACGUGGAUGAGAAUUGUCUCAGGUGGCAAAAUGGUCUAGUUUCUAAGCUUCACAAAUCAAUAGGAACUCUUCUUGGUUUGUUCACGUGUACAGUGUUUGCGAAGGAACUCUUGGGGGAUCAUAUUCAUUGUAUUAGAUUUUCUGAGGAGACUCAAGUAUCAGAGGCAAGCUUUAACUCAUAUUGUUAUAUAAGUUCUACAUUUACACUUCCUCAUGAACAAUCUUCAGAAGAUCAUCCUUAUCCUGGUGUUGGACCUGUACAGCAAGAUACAGAUCCAGUUCAUCAUUCAUAUUAUCAAUGGGUUCCUUAUCUGCUGUUUCUACAGGCGAUAUCUUUCUACACUCCAUACACAUUCUACAAGUUCUCCCAGGACGGUCGUAUCUCCUCCCUACUCCAGAACUUACAGAAUGUUCUCCCUUACAACGAGAACAGGGAGGAUAAGCUCGGGGACAUUCAUAUCUACCUUCAAGACUUUUAUGGAAGUCAUACUUGGUGGGCCCGUAAACUGAUGAUCAGCGACUUCUUGAACCUCAUAAAUAUUGUCUUCAACAUUAUCAUCAUGGACUGGUAUCUGGGCAGUAAUUUUCUAACCUAUGGUCCUACAGUAAUAAGUUAUCAGAUGGGGAAUUAUCCUUCAGACCCAUUCGACAACAUUUUUCCUAAGAUGACAAAAUGUACUCUUGCACUGUACGGACCUAGUGGUACUGUACAGAACUAUGAUGGACUCUGUGUACUGCCUAUUAAUGUGUUAAAUGAAAAGAUAUAUUUCCUGCUCUGGAUUUUGCUGUUUCCUGUAGCUGUUCUGACUGUGAUAGAUCAAGGUUUCUGGCUGGUUAUGGUAGUAAGCAAACAGUUAAGAAAUAGUCUACUCUGCUCUUUUGUUCUCAGUUCCAGACCUCAAAUCAGGCAGAGAUUAAGGAAAAUACUUGAAAGUUUGCCGUUUUCUGAUUGGUUAGUUCUAUACCUAGUUGCAAGAAAUAUAGAUAGUGUACUGUUUACUGGCCUGGCUGAGAAAAUACAUCCCCCUGGUCUUGGAUAUUUUCCUGAAGAAGACGAAUAAAAAUUAUCAGAAAAAAAUUCUAAUAUUUUUAACCAUUUUAGUUAGUUUUUGAACGCUUAAAAAAAUUGUUUGCCUGUACCGGAUCUUACAGGAUUAGAAAGGAUUAGAGAUGGGUUCUUUCAUCGUUUUUUUUAAAUUCAUUGUUCGGUAACGUUCAAUAAAAUUUUGAAUUCGUUCGUUAGCUGAA